AUGACUGUCUGGCUAAUCUCUCUGAUGAGUAUUGAGGGACUACUUUUGACAGUGCCUGGCCUGAGUUUACAUAUUGAACCUGAAGAAGGCAGUCUUGCAGGGGGAACAUGGAUCACAGUCAUUUUUGAUGGUUUGGAGUUGGAGCUCCUUUAUCCCAGCAGUGGCUCCCAGCUGGAGAUAAACCUGGUGAAUGUGGUGGUGCCUGAGCUCCCAACCAUCCCCUGUGACAUUUCUCCUGUUUUCUUGGAUUUGCCUGUGGUGGUGUGCCAGACCAGAUCUCUGUUGUUAGAAGCACAUGAGGGAUUGUACUACCUGGAUGUGCACUCUGGGGACCAGGUGGUAAACAGCCUGAGCCCAGGACCAUGCGACGGCUGCACUUUCAAGUUUUCCAAGGCACAGACACCCGUUAUUUACCAAGUUAACCCACCAAGUGGAGUUCCAGGAAAACUACUACAUGUGUAUGGCUGGAUUAUCACUGGAAGAUUGGAAACCUUUGAUUUUGAUGCCGAGUACAUUGAUAGCCCACUGAUCUUGGAAGCUCAAGGAGACCAGUGGUUCACUCCUUGCUCUCUUGUAAACAGGCAGACAGCAAGUCGCUACUCUAUUCAGGAAGACCAUGGCCUUGGGACACUGAAGUGCCGCGUGGAAGGCAACUACAUUGGUUCCCAGAAUGUUAGCUUUUCAGUAUUUAAUAAAGGAAAGUCAAUAGUACACAAGGAUGCAUGGAUGAUCAGUGCCAAACAGGAACUUUUCCUGUACCAGACAUACUCAGAAAUACUAUCUGUGUUUCCAGAAACUGGGAGCCUUGGGGGAAGAACAGACAUCACAAUUACAGGAGAUUUCUUUGACAACCCUGCCCAAGUGACCAUUGCAGGCAUUCCAUGUGACAUUACACAUGUGUCUCCCAAGAAGAUGGAGUGCACCACGAGGUCUCCAGGAAAAGGAACAAGGCUCACUGCUCCUCAGGCAGGUAACCGAGGGCUUCUCUUUGAAGUUGGAGAUGCUGCUGAGGGCUUGGACCUGACUGAAGCCACCUCUGGGUAUAGGUGGCAGAUUGUCCCCAAUGCUAGUUCUCCAUCUGGAUUUUGGUCAAAGGAAGGAAAACCUUUCAGGGGUAAAGCUAACAUCUUGCUGAUGCCCACAGAAGAUACAAAAUUUGCCCUUUGGGCAUAUAAGAGAGCAAAGGCUGAACAGCAAAUGGAGGUGGCCUCAAUCAGGGUUGGCACUGCUGACUGGUUUGACUCCUGGGAGGAGAAUGGGAAUGAAGAGACCUGGCACCGGAAGAGCCCCAAGUUGGAGCUAUUAGGUGGAGUCAAGUACUACCUGGAAGCAGAGCAUCAUGGAAUAGGCCCCAGCAGGGGGCUAAGGAUUGGUGUCCAGAUCCACAACACCUGGCUGAAUCCCAAUGUGGUUAACACCUACCUCCGGGAGAAGCAUCAAAUCCGAGUCUGUGCCCAGAGGCUUCCUGAAAUACAGAUGCUGAAUGUAUCUGGCAGAGGGAACUUUUUCCUUACUUGGGACAAUACCUCUAGUCAGCCAAUCUCUACAAAUGCCACAGCCCAUCAGAUUCAAACAUCCAUAGAGGAGUUACUUGCAGUAAAAUGCAAACUGGAACCACUUUCGGCUAGCAUCCUUCUCCGGCUUGGAUUCGAACAAGGUCUACAAGGUUUCAGCUCUGAUGGGGAGCUCACCAGUGUGACAGAACCCUUCUGUGGAAGGUUCAGCCUCCGGCAGCCUGGACAGCUUGUCCUGACACCCCCAGCUGGCCAGAAGGGCUAUCGGCUAGACCAGUAUGCACAUCUGUGCUUUGCAUACAAAGGCUACAUAAAUGACAUCCUGAAGAUGAACUUGACCUUCACAAUUGAUUUUCAAAGCAUCGUGAAGAACAUCACCUGUGACUGGAGUCCCAUGGAGACCAGGCCUGAGAGCUGGCUGUUCACCUGUGCUGACCUCUGGGAGACUUGUAUGCAUCCUUCUGGGUAUCUGCAGCCUCUUCUGGUCAACACCUCAGUGUUGGUUCAUCGGAUAGUCCUCCUUCCUCAGGCUCAGGAGAUGGGCUCAUUCUAUGUGGAUGAAAUCAUUAUCACAGACACAAACCUAACAGUUUAUCAAGCUGACUCUGGAACAGCUCGCCCAGGGGGCAAUCUGGUGGAAUCACUCUCUGUGCUGGGGUCUCCUCCAGUCUACAAUGUGACCUUCUGGUCGACUGGGUGUGGCACGGAGCUCCCGCUCAUCACUGCAAGCUCUUUGCAGGAUGAAGGAACAGAUGAAGGCUCCGAAUUAGUCCAGGUGACAACACAGAGACUACAGAGGGCAAGUCCGCCUUUAGGAGGACGUUUUCGGAUUCAGCUUUCUAAUACAGUGAUAUCUGGCAUCCCCGUGCACAUUUCUGCUGACCAUCUUCGCAAACUCUUACAGAACAGUACUGAUGAUGUCACAUCUAGGUACCUCAAUGUCAGUGACUUGACGGUGAAGGAAGAUCAAAUUUCUUGCUAUGAACACGUGUGGACGCUCUCCUGGUCCACGCAGAUUGGGGAUUUGCCCAUUUUCAUCAGGGUCUCUGAUGAAAAUCUAACUGGAGUGAGCUCUGCUGUAACUACUCGUGUACUCUAUGAUGGUGGAGUUUUUCUUGGACCCAUAUUUGGAGACAUGUUGGUUACCACCAACCAGCGCACUCAGGUGGUUGUGCGAGUGAAUGAUAUACCAGCUCAUUGUUCAGGCUCUUGUUCUUUUCAGUACCUCCAAGGCUCAACUCCCCAGGUCCAUUCUGCAUGGUAUUCUCUUGACAAUGACAUCAACAUGCUGGUUUAUAUCACUGGAACUGGCUUCUCUGGUGACUCCCAGGCCUUUCAGAUUACGGUGAAUAAAACAAGUUGUGAAGUUAUUUUUUCAAACCUAACGUUUGUGGUUUGUCAGAUGGGCAUGCUAUCACUUGGAGCACAUCGGAUCUUGAUGUUGGUAAGACCCUCUGGCCUUGCCAUCAACACCAGUGGAGGAGGCCUCUUCUUACACGUGGAGCCUUUGCUGGAUACUGUAGAGCCUUCCAGAGCUUCAGAAAUUGGAGGUCUCUGGGCCACCAUUCAUGGUUCUGGUUUGGAAGGUGUUAGCCUGGUGUUAUUUGGAUCUCAGUCUUGUGCCAUUAAUGUCAACACAAGCAAUUCGCAAAGAAUUCAAUGUCAGGUUCCACCCAAGGUGAAAGAUGAAUCCGUUGUGAACGUGACUGUGAUCAGAGGGGACCAUUCUGCAGUUCUUCCCGCGGCAUUUACAUACACUGCCUCUUUAAACCCAACGAUCGUGUCUCUGAGCAGGAACAGAAGCAGCUUAGCAGGAGGUGAGACUCUUUUCAUUGGAAUGGUGCUGCUGGAGAACUACACGGAGUUGGAGGUGAAAGUGCACAUCCAGGACUCCUGGGCUCCACUUCAUGUGCACACGGCUCAGGGCCUGGAGGUGGUCCUGCCCCCUCUGCCUGCUGGCCUCCACAGAAUUUCAGUUUCCAUCAACGGAGUCAGCAUUCACUCACAAGGGAUUGAUCUCCACAUCCAGUACCUCACAGAAGUUUUCGCCAUAGAGCCUUGCUGUGGAUCCCUUCUGGGUGGAACCAUCCUCAGCAUUUCAGGAAUAGGGUUCAGCCAGGACCCAGCCUUGGUUUGGGUACUUGUGGGCAAUCAGUCUUGUGACAUCAUUAACUUGACAGAGACGAACAUCUGGUGUGAGACCUUGCCAGCCCCUCUGCUGCCUGGUACAGACAUCCUUGCCAUCCCAGCCUCCGUGCAGAUCUGGAUCGGCAACGUGUCCUUCCCUUCCAGACCAUCACCAGGCUUGAUGGAGAAGGACUUCACCUUCAUGUAUGAAGCAGCAGCAACACCUGUGGUUACCACUUUGAAAGCAGAAAUCAUGAAUAGCAGCCUGCAGCUCUAUGUGGAAGGAAAUAACAUUGCCAACUCAGCGAUUCUUCUGGGGAGUUUGCAUUGUGACCUUGGGGCACAAUCUUUCAGGAGCAACAUGAGCCUGUUGGGUUGUUCCUUUCCUCUUCGUGAUUUGGAGGCAGGCAUCUAUUCUCUCCAAGUCUGUCAGAAGCAGAUGGGAUUUGCUAAUAUGUCUGCAGUGCCACAGCAACUUGUGGUGCCACCUCAGAUAACGGCCAUUCUCCCAACACAAGGUUCUGCUUGUGGUGGAACAGUACUCACUGUGAAGGGCUUGGCGCUCAGCUCUAGAAGGAGGUCAGUUCAGGUUGGUCUCUCAAGCCCUUUUACUUGUACUGUUUUGGGCUUGAGUGACCAGACAGUCCUCUGCCAAGUUAACCUGCAGGGUGACCCCUGGCCUGGAGCUUCCUUCGUCCUGAACGUUACAGUCCUGGUCAACGGCCUAACCAGUGAGUGUCAUGGGAACUGCACUUUCUUCAUGCACGAAGAGACAACUCCCACUGUGGAUACCUUGACUACUAAUAUCAAUGGGUCCUUGACUGCUGUGCUGAUUAAGGGACAGAGGUUUGGCACCACGGCCCAUGAGCUGUUGGUGUUUGUGGAUAAUCAUAUCGCUUGCAAUGUAACUUUCUUUAAUGCAAGCCAGGUGGCAUGCCAGAUUGGUGAUCUGACCCCAGGUCUGCACUACCUGUCAGUGUUUCAUAAGAGAAAUGGGUAUGCUUGUUUGAGAAAUGUUUCCAGACACUUCUACAUUUUCCCUCAAGUGUUUCAGUACUUUCCUAAGACUUUCAGCUUACAUGGUGGGAGCCUCUUGACCAUGGAGGGCAUAGCUCUGAGAGGACAGAAUACCACAUCAGUCUACAUUGGCCAGCAGGCCUGCCUGUCAUUGAACAUCAGUGCUGAGCUCAUCCAGUGCAUUGUCCCUGCAGGCAAUGGCUCCGUUGCCCUGGAAAUAGAGGUAGAUGGACAUUUGUACCACGUGGGAGUCAUUGGUUAUAGCAAGGAUUUCACCCCAGAAUUGCUGUCUGUUUCUCAGACUGGUGAUGUCUUAACUUUUGUGGUGGCCCAGAUCACUGGAGCUGAGCAUAUUGACAUUUUUAUUGGGAUGUCACCCUGUGUGGGUGUUUCUGGGAACCACACUAUUGUCCAGUGCAGUGUCCCUUCCCUUCCUGCUGGGGAGUACCGAAUCAGAGGUUAUGACUGCAUGAGAGGGUGGGCUUCUUCUGUUCUGGUGUUCACGCCAAGAGUUACCAUUACUGCUGUGACUGAGAACUUUGGCUGCCUGAGUGGAAGGCUUGUGCAUGUGGUUGGAGCAGGAUUUUCUCCAGGGAACAUCUCAGCUGCUGUGUGUGGUGCUCCCUGCCAAGUCCUGGAUAAUGCUACAGUGUCUGCCUUCAGCUGCCUGGUUCUGCCAUUGGAUGUGUCCUUGGCUUUCCUGUGUGGCAUGAAGGCUGAGGAGGAGAACUGUGAAGCCUCCAGCCACACCUAUGUGCAGUGUGAUUUGACUGUUGCUGUAGGGACAGAGAGACUGCCCAAGUCAUGGCCUUAUCUCUACAUUUGUGAAGAAUGUUCUCAAUUCCUCUUUGAACUAGAUCGUUGGAUUGAGUCAUCUUUUCCAUCAUUUUCGGGCCUCUUCAUCAGCCCUAAAGUAGAAAGAGAUGAAGUUCUCAUCUAUAAUAGUUCCUGUAACAUUACCAUGGAAACUGAGGCAGAGAUGGAGUGUGAGACGCCUAAUCAGCCAAUUACCGCCAAGAUUACUGAGAUAUGGAAAAGCUGGGGCCAGAACACUCAGGGCAACUUUUCCUUUCAGUUCUGUCGGAGAUGGUCCAGGGCUCACAGCUGGUUUCCUGAAAGCGUGCCACAAGAUGGCGACAACGUCACGGUGGAGAGUGGCCACUUGCUACUGCUUGACACCAACACAAGCGUCCUCAACUUACUGCAUGUUAAAGGAGGCAAGCUGCUUUUCAUGGAUCCAGGACCCAUUGAGCUCAGGGCCCAUUCCAUCCUUGUGUCUGACGGUGGAGAGCUCCGCAUUGGAUCUGAGGACAAACCCUUCCAAGGCAAAGCUUGGAUCAAACUCUAUGGGAGUGCCCACUCUACCCCCUUCUUUCCAUAUGGAGUCAAGUUCCUAGCUGUGAGGAAUGGAACUCUUUCCCUACAUGGUCCACGACCAGAAGUAAUUGUCACCCAUCUUCGGGCAGCCGCCCAUGCCCAUGACACAGUGCUGGCUCUGGAAGAUGCUGUGGACUGGCACCCUGGUGAUGAAGUUGUCAUCAUCAGUGGAGUAGGUGUCAAAGGUGCCAAACUGAUAGAAGAGAUUGUCAUUGUGGAAACUGUGCACAAUACAGACCUCCAUCUUCGGUCACCCUUGAGAUAUUCUUAUGAGUACACAGAGAAUUGGGUGGCUGGAGAGCACCUUGUUUUCAAGGCCACAGUGGCCUUGCUCACCAGAAGUAUUACCUUUCAAGGAAAUGUCACCGAUGAGAGGAUGAGGCACCUUGCUUCAUGUCAGGAGGCCAGUGCUUCAGAAGGUAAUUCACAAGGCUGUUUAUAUUCCAAGAGUGAGAAGAUGCUAGGAUCCAGGGACCUGGGUGCCAGAGUCAUCAUCCAGUCUUUCCCAGAGGAACCCAGCCAGGUUCAGCUGAAGGGAGUGCAGUUCCGGGACCUGGGGCAACCCUUCCAGAAGCAUUUGAGCUCACUGACUUUGGUGGGAGCUAUGAGAGAUUCCUACAUACAGGGCUGCUCAGUAUGGAACUCCUUCAGUAGAGGCCUCAGCAUGUCCAGGACCAUGGACCUGGAAGUGGACAGCAAUGUGUUCUACAAAAUUUUCGGCCAUGCACUGUUGGUGGGAACAUACGUGGAGAUGAGAUACUUCUCUUGGGAGACAAUUCUUAGGAGAGAAAAUGACAGGUCAGAACAAGGAAAUAUAAUAAGAAACAAUAUGAUCAUCAGUGUUUCUGGGGCUGAAGGACUCUCCAUUCCUGAAAUGUUGACACCAUCUGGUAUCUAUAUUCGCAAUCCCACCAAUAUUGUGGAGGGGAACAGAGUAUAUGCUGCUGGUAUUGGCUACUUUUUUCAUCUUGUGACCAGCAAAACAUCGCAAGCUCCACUUCUCUCCUUUACCCAGAACAUGGCACAUUCUUGUACAAGGUAUGGUCUCUUUGUAUACCCUAAAUUUCAGCCACCAUGGGAUAAUGACACUGGCCCCACCAGGUUCCAAAACUUUACUGUUUGGGGAAGUGCAGGUGGUACCCAGAUUUUUAGAAGUAGCAAUCUCCACCUGAAAAACUUCCAAGUUUAUUCAUGCAGAGAUUUUGGAAUUGACAUAUUGGAAAGUGAUGCAAACACUUCAGUUACUGACAGCUUAUUACUUGGUCAUUUUGGCCACAAGAGAAGCCUGUGUAUGUCAGCGGGGAUAAAAACUCCCAAAAGAUACGAGCUGAUGGUAUCAAACACAACCUUCAUUAAUUUUGAUCUCACCAACUGUGUGGCCUUCAGGACCUGUUCAGGCUGUUGCCGAGGACAAGGUGGAUUUUCUGUGAAGACCAAACAGUUAAAAUUUGAAAAUUCUCCAAACUUGGUAGCAUUUCCAUUUCCUCAUGCAGCAAUUUUGGAAGACUUGGAUGGGUCUCUGUCUGGGAAAAAUAGAAGUCAUGUUCUUGCUGCUAUGGAAACUCUCCCAGCUUCUUGUUUGGUCAAUACAAGCUUUAGUCAGAUGGUCCAAGGCAGUGUCUGCAGGGAAGAUGUGCUCUUUCAUCGUAUGUCUAUUGGCUUAACUCAUGCUCCAGAUGUUACUUAUAAUUUAACUAUGACUGACAGCAGAAAUAAGACAGUCACUGUCAAUUAUGUAUCUGACACAUUGUCAAACUCGCAUGGCUGGAUGGCUCUGCUCUUGGAUCAAGAGACCUACACCUUGCGAUUAGAGACGCCUUGGAUCAACCGAUCUCUGCAGUACUCUGCGACAUUUGAUAACUUUGCUCCUGGGAAUCACCUCCUGCUGGUGCACACAGAUGUGCUGCCUUACCCUGACAUCCUCAUAAGAUGUGGGAGUCAGGUGGGCCAGCCUCUUUCUUCUCUUCCAUCACCUGGUCAGGACCAAAGCUGUGACUGGUUCUUCAGUAGUCGUUUGAGGCAACUCACCUAUCUGGUCUCAGGUGAAGGCCAAGUUCAAGUGACUCUCCAGGUGAAAGAAGGUGUGGUCCCAACUGUUUCAGCUUCUUCUUCUACACCAGACUCCACUUUAAAAUGGUCCCUGCCUGAAACCUGGCAAGGUGUUACAGAGGGCUGGGGAGGACACAAUGACACCAUCCCAGGCCCUGGGGAUGAUGUCUUGAUUUUGCCCAACAGGACUAUCCUUGUAGAUACAGAUCUUCCACUCCUCAGAAGCCUCUAUGUGAUGGGGACUUUAGAAUUCCCUGUGGACACAAGCAAUGUUCUGAGCGUGGCAUGCAUCGUCAUUGCAGGCGGGGAACUGAAUGUUGGUACUUUAGACAAUCCGUUAAAAAAAGAACAAAAGCUUCUGAUCCUCCUUCGGGCUUCAGAGGGAGUCUUUUGUGACCGUCUCAAUGGAAUUCAGGUUGACCCAGGAACAAUUGGGGUUUAUGGAAAAGUUCAGCUUCACAGUGCUUAUCCUAAGAAAUCUUGGACACAUCUUGGAGCUGAUAUUGCCUCAGGAAAUGAGAGAAUUAUAGUGCAGGAUACAGUGGAUUGGCGGCCCCAUGACAAAAUCAUUCUUAGCUCCUCCUCUUAUGAGCCUCAUGAAGCAGAGGUCCUCACUGUGAAAGAAGUCAGAGACCACCACAUUAGGAUCCAAGGACAUCUCAAACACCGGCAUAUUGGAAGUGUACACAUUGUGGAAGAUGGCCAAUACAUUCAUUUGGCUGCUGAGGUUGGGCUUUUGACCCGAAAUAUACAGAUCCAGUGUGAUACACCAUGUAGGGGGAGAAUACUUGUGGGCCCCUUUAGGAAGCCAGGCAGAGAAGAAUUUUCAGGUGUCCUUCAACUUUUAAAUGUGGAAAUUCAGAACUUUGGAUCACCACAGUAUUCAUCCAUUGAAUUCACUAACGUGUCAGUAGGAUCCUGGAUAAUAUCUUCUACGAUACACAAGAGCUGCGGUGUGGGCAUUCAUGCAGCUGCCAGCCAUGGCAUCAUUUUGAAUGACAGCAUAGUAUUUGGGACAGCAGGCCAUGGCAUUGAUUUGGAGGGUGAGGCUUAUUCUCUCACUAAUAACCUUGUGGUUCUGACAAUGCAAUCAGCAUGGUCCACCUCUUGGGUGGCAGGAAUCAAAGUGAACCAGGCAAAAUAUGUCAACCUCCGUGGCAAUGUUGUUGCAGGCUCUGAGAGACUUGGCUUUCACAUCCGAGGCCAUAGUUGUUCCCUUACUGAAGCACUUUGGUCUGACAAUGUGGCCCACUCAAGCCUUCAUGGCCUUCACCUCUAUAAGGAAGAUGGACUAGACAACUGUACAAGAAUUUCUGGCUUCCUGGCUUUCAAGAACUUUGAUUAUGGUGCCAUGCUACAUGUAGAGAAUAGUGUGGAGAUAGAGAACAUCACUCUGGUAGACAAUGCUGUUGGUCUUUUGGCAGUAGUGCAUAUGUCAUCUGCUCCACAGAUCUCCAUCAGAAAUGUACAGAUUGUGCUUAGGAAUUCAGUCAUUGUGGCCACUAGCUCCUCUUUUGACUGCAUUCAGGACAGAGUUAAACCUCACUCAGCCAACUUGACAUCAAGAGAUCGUGCUCCUUCCAAUCCACGUGGGGGUCGAGUUGGUAUUCUGUGGCCUGGAUUCACCUCAGAACCAAACCAGUGGCCUCGAGAACCAUGGCACAGAGUGAGGAAUAGCCAUUCAAUUCCAGGAAUCAUGAAACUUCAAGGUGUCACCUUUUCUAGUUUUGUAAAGAGUUGCUAUAGUGAUGACAUGGAUGUCUGCAUUCUGGCAAACGCAGAGAACACUGGAAUCAUGUACCCAGUCACGGCAGAGAGGACAAGAAUGCUAGACAUCAAAAAUAAAAACAAGUUCUUCUUUCCUUCAUUACAACCCAGGAUAGAUUUAGGAACAGUGGUCUGCCCUGAAUUGGAUUGUGAAAGUCCAAGAAAGUAUCUCUUCAAGGAUCUGGAUGGGAGAGCCCUGGAUCUGCCUCCACCAGUUUCUGUAUUUUCUAAAACAGAGGCAGAGUGGACUGGAUUGUUCUUCAACACAGGUACAUUUAGAGAAGAACCGAAAUGCACAUACCAAUCACUGAUGCAAGGCUACAUCUGCAAACAGACUGACCAGGUGGUUUUAAUUCUUGACAAUGCUGAUGCCACUUGGGUGAUCAAAAAAUUAUAUCCAGUUGUAUCUGUCACUGGUGGUUUUGUGGAUACCUUUAGUAGUAUGAAUGCCCAUACUGUCUGCUCUACCUCAGAGUCUGUAUCUACUUUCUAUUCCAUUUUACCUACCAGGCAAAUCACCAAGGUCUGCUUUGCGGGUGAGACUCCUCAAGUUUUGCGUUUUUCCCUUUUAGGGAAUGAAAGCACCUCCAAACUUCUACUAGCUAUAUUCUAUCAUGAACUCCAGAGACCCCUUGUCUUUAUAAGAGAAAGUUUCAUUCCGCCUACUCUGGUUCAGUCAACUUCUUCACUGCUGGAUGAGUCUGUUGGUGCUAACCACUUCACCAUCAUGGAUAACCUCUUCUAUGUUGUCCUACAAGGAAAGGAGCCUAUUGAAAUACGCUCAAGUGUUUCCAUUCAUUUGGCUUUCACUGUGAUCUUUUCAGUCCUGGAAAAAGGCUGGGAAACAGUGAUCCUUAAAAGACUAACUGACUUCUUACGGGUUGGCCAAGACCAAAUCAGAAUCAUUCAUGAGAUGCCUGGCAAUGAAGGGACCAUAAGGGCCAUAUCUGAUAAUAGGGCAAAAAGAAGACGCAAUUGCCCAACUGUGGCUUGUGCCACUCAUUAUAGAAGAUUUGGUCAACGCAGACCUCUCAUGAUAGAUAUGAGCUCAUAUAGCAUCCCAUCACCAACAACUAUGAAGACUAUCUCAAGGGUGCUGGUCAUUGAAAUUGGUGAUUUGCCAACAGAAAGAAACACAGAACUGAUUCCACCUCUAUCAAGUAACAUAUUACAGAAAUUGGCUUACCAGGUUAUUACUGCUCAACAGACGGGGUUGCUAGAGAAUGUCCUGAAUGUGACUGUUGGGACCUUAAUGGUGACUCAGUCAAAGGGAGUCAUUGGCUAUGGAAAUACAAGCAGUGUCAAAACUGAGAACUUGAUAUAUAUGCGACCCUAUGCUCUUUCAGUCCUAGUCCAGCCUUCGGAUGGAGAAGUAGGAAAAGAGCUUCCCACACAACCACAACUUGUUUUUCUGGAUGAGCAGAAUCGAAGAGUGGAGUCCUUGGGGACCCCCUCAGAGCCUUGGACCAUUUCAGUUUUCCUGGAAGGGACAUCAGAUUCAGUUCUGAAAGGGUGUACCCUGGCAGAAACUCAAGAUGGUUAUGUGAACUUCUUCAAUUUGGCUGUUUUGAUCUCUGGGUCAAACUGGCACUUAAUUUUUACUGUCACUUCCCCGCCAGGAGUCAAUCUAACAGCUCGAUCCAGGUCAUUUGCUAUCUUGCCUGUGGCCAGGUCUGAGAGGUCCACCAUCAUCCUGGCUGCUUUGGUUUGCUCAGCAGUCUCGUGGUUGGCUCUGUGCUGUCUGGUGUGCUGUUGGCUUCGGAAAAGCAAAAGCAGAAAAACAAAAAUUGAAGAGAUUUCUGAAUCCCACACUAACGAUCAAAGGACUCAUAUUCACGUCUCAUCCAAACAGCAAGAAUCACAAGUAGAAACUGAUAAAGAAGGCUCUGUAAUGGGAGAAGCUAUGAGGAUGAAGGUCAUACUGAGCAAACCGAACCAGCUCCCCCACCAGUCACUGAAUGGAGUGUCCAGAAGGAAGGUUAGCCGCCAUGCUGCCAGGAGGGAGGAUGGUAGCCGAGAAGAGGCCACAAUGUCUGCUCCCAGUAUUGCCAGCAUCACAUCCCAAGGGCACAUCUGCCCUCCAGGCACUCCCGCUCUGCAGUUGUACCUGCAGGAGACCGGGAAGUGGAAGGAGGCCCAAGAGCAGUUGCUGAGAUACCAGCUUGCAGGACAAGAUCAGCGACUGAUGCUCUGCUCAGACUUGAGACAAGAGAGACAGCAAAUGCAGGGUCAAAGUUGGCUGAGUAAGGACAAUGGCAGCUUGGGACUUUCCCAAGAGAAGAAAUCCUCCUGUAGUGCCACUGAGGCAUUCUGCCUUCAUUCAGUACAUUCAAAGACUAUUCAGGAACAGCUAUGA